CGCCAUCGUCAUCGCCCCACCCCCCCUCACCACCACCACACCAUCAUCAACCACUGCCCUUCUCCUCCAUUGCCGUUCCGCUGAACACAGCAACAACAACAACUCGCUUUGACCCAGACACCAGCCCUGCUGUCCUCUCUCUCUGUAUGUCUGUCGAGAGACAGAGAGAGAGACAGACAGAGAGACAGACGACGACCUUCGAUUUCCACCCCACCGCACCGUUCGUGAGACAAUGCACCGCCCGGUAAGGGGCUGAGAGAGGGGAGCGACUUGGGGGGCCAUGAGGCGAGCGAAACGUGGGAAGGAUACUCCGGGAGCACAGCAACACGAUGAGGCAGCCGGUGACUUCAACCCAGAGACGAGCAAACGAGAACGGCGCAAGCUGCAGACCAAGCUUCAACAAGUGGACAGCCGCGUGUACGACUCGCAGGGCCGUUUGGUGCGGGGCGGCGUAGACGCCUGCGACUGCCUGCAGGACGGCUGCCCCGGCUGCUUCUACCCCUGCUCGGCCUGCGGCUCCACUCGCUGCGGCCCCACCUGCCGCAGGGACCGGCGCUGGCUCUACGAGCGGCUCGAGACGGAGGGGGGCGGCUCCAUCGACAACGUCUACGCCAGCGUGUGAGCGCGCGCGAGGAGGAGGGAACCGCGACGGUUCCGCUGGUUUUUCCACGGGCUGGGCUGGCCCUUUUCCCCGAACGCCAGAUCGUGCCGUCGUCGGCAUGUUUUGCAUUCGUUGCCGCCAGGGCUGUCACGAGGGCGCUGUGUUGCACUGGCGUGGCCUGCAACAGUUUCUCAGUGGGGGGGGGGGGGGGGGGGGGUGGUGGGGGGUGGCAAUGUUGCUACGUUGCUUCCUGAUUGGGCGAUUUUGAGAGCCGUUUGCGGAUUUGGCAAAAGUGGACUGGUAACGCCGGCACGCGUGAACCUGCCCUUUUCUUUUUUAAAUAGCGUCCCCUGUUGAAGCAGAUGGGCACGCAUAUUUUUGGUUUAAUGCACCUGCUGCAGUAUUAACCAGGGUUGCCUGCUGGGCUCAAGCUGCGUACCUCUGAAGCGGCGAGCAGCGAAUGCGGGAACGGAAACGGAUUACUUUUCCACGCCUGCGCUGAAUUUCCACGGCUUUUCCACAAUCCAGCUGCAGUCCUCGGCAUUGGUUCACCGUCUGGAUCGCUCGUUCGAGACGGUGCUUGCGACAACGGCUGAGAUCGGCUCAUCCGAUUUGGCGGAAGGCAGCAGCUUGGAUCGAUUUUUCGACUCGUUUAUGAAGGGGCAACGCCCACACCGGCAGGUGAGCGUGCGCGGCUAUUGGGAACGGCCGAUCGAUCCUUCGGUUCAUUUCUCCUUGGAUAUGGCGUUGCGUGGCAACUCUCGCAACUCCACGUACAGAUCUGGUAAAGGAUCUUGAGAAAUUGGGAAGCUGAAUGGACGCCUUCAGUGCCACACCCCCAAUGAGCACGGUUGGCUACGUGCGGCGCGAAAGAAGUCCAACAUGCAUACACGCCUCCGCUGAAUUUGGAAUGUUCACAAUGGCCAGUUCCCAAUGUGGUCCACGCAUGGCAUCAUUCGUUCAUUCAAGCAAAUGACUUGCGCCGACUGCUGAGCACACGGGGAGGUGACGUUUGACUGAUAACGAUUAGUUGAUUUCAAGUAGUGUUAUAGACCGGGGUCUUUCAACUAACUUCUGGCGGCCGCUAUAAAUUUGGUGGGCCACUUUGCGAUGAUGCGUUGCGUGCGUACUCGCCAACCCCUACCAAUUUAAGUGGUGGGGCUGCUGAUUUUUUAAACACCAUCUACCAGCCGUCCAACACAAUCGCACAAGUAUUGUGGUUUAUGCCGGCAUGAUUCCUCGUAAAAAAAAAAAGGUUUCAGUUUUGUUGCCAGAAAAAAAGGGGAAAAACCCCCGUUAUUAUAUUUUGGUACUGGCAAAGGAUGUCUAAUGAUUAUUCUUUAAAUCAUGCGUCAAAUCGUACAUAGGCAAUUCGUUUACGAAUCAUGUAAAUUAAAUGCAAACAACUUACCUAUGUUACAUGUUGGAUAAUUGGGCAAAUAUGCAAAGACGACAGGAACGUUUUUAAUUCUUCUCAUGAAACUAAGGUCACUUGAAACCCGCAGAUUAGAUGGAAAAGUGCUGCCGGCCACUCCUGUGUAGGACAGAGUCACUUGGAAGAGAUCUCGGAAGCAGUUCUAUGAGAUCCGCUUCCACGGAUCAUUCUCUCCGAACACGAAGGGUUGCCUUCCUCAUCUCGCGAUGGCGAUUUUGCAAAUGGAAUGACAAUUGUCAAACUGAAUGUGCGGGUGCUUUUGUUUUAUACGGAAGGCGCACUGCAAAUGUUGACAGCGGCGAGUGGCGGGAAGCGUGCAUUCUGUUUAGUGCUUGCGCGAUCGAUCAAUAUUGCAAUUCCAACUUGUUGAAAAUUGGCUUGCGAUAAUUUUUUUUCGUAAUUGCUUAAAUGUUUACCUUAAGUGAGCGCGACACAGCCUUUACCUUGGACUGUAUGAUUUUAAACACUUGCAUUUCGAAUAAACAUCAACACGUUAAUGCA